CCUAUUUUCAGUGUAUGCACCUCAUAUUUUAGCUGCAGAAGCUAAGACAACUCUCUCUCUCUCUCUCUCCCUCUGUCUGUGUGUGUGUUGUAAUCCCAAAGACACUGUUUAAAAGGCUCAAGAACCACCAACUUCAUAACCAGCGAAAGUGUUCUCUCUCUAGAUUCUGCUUGGAUCAAAAAGAGACAAAACCCAUGUAAUGAUGUAAUAUUAGCCCGGUGUUUAGAUUGAAGUUCUGAAUGUUUUCCAAUCUGAGGUAGAGUUGAAUGCUGUAAAGUGGUUAGUAAAUGAGAUUUAAUGUGAGCAAAUCAAUUUCAUAAGCUGUUUGUUGUUACAACUCUGGUUGGAAGUAUUAAUGUUUUCAUGAUUAAAGAUUUCAGUGUCCAAAUGCAAAAAGAUUUUGAGGUGAUUUGAAAUGACUCAAUUGAAUCUUUUGCUACAUACAAGUGAACACGCGGCUGAUAUAGCAUGUCAAGAGGCCUACUUUUCAAAAUCUAAAAAGCAAUGCAAACAUUUGAGAGAAGGAUCUUAGGAUUUUGAAGAUUUUGAGGUGCUUGCUUGUGAACUCAUCGUUGAGAUUCGCUUUUCAUAGAGCAGGAAGCAGAUUAGUGCCAUUAAUUCUAUUGCCAACAUGAAGUGGAGAUUGAUAGUAUCAAAUUAAUAUGAAGUUCCAUGUGAUUCAGUGAUUGCAGCAACAUGUGCAUCGACUAAUGUCUUAGACCUUCAUGGAGAGCUGGUUUGAUGAUGCAAGGGAAGCAUGGGAGAUUUCAAAGAAAGAUGUUUUGUGGAAUACAAAGCCUAAAAAUCAUUUAGCUAUGGCUAAACCUUCCUAAGGACAAGACAUGGUUAGGAAGAAUGCUAGAGAUACAAAUGGGAACUUGGAAGACGCUAUAAGCUACUGCUUAUUCCACAAAUCUACUAGAUUUGUGCUUAAAUUUUUUCUGCCUUCUGUUACAUGGGCUGGCAUGCUCAUUUAAAACUUUCUUUACUGAGGUAUUUGAUGGUCGAUCCCAUUUAUAUGGGAUAAAGGCAAGGAUGACGGUGAUGAUUACUGAGGUAUUUCACGUGUUGCUGUUAUCUGGUUUCAUAACAUAUAAUCUGCUGUCAGGCAACGAAAUAUUUGGUGGUCAAGAUGCGAAUCUUGUUUGUAAAAUUUAGACAGUCUUGACUUAUUUUCAAAUGACCAAGUUGAAGGAAAACAACCCCCUUCAUUGUGCAAGCAAAUUGCUUUCUCUGCAACAUCUGUCUAGCUUAAAUCCUUGAAGUUCAGGAAAACGAAUUCAGAGAAAAAAGUAUCAGUGGUUUGGUGUCAUCCAUUGAAGUAAUACAUACAAGAACAUGAAUGGGUUUUGAAGAAGUCAUUUGCGGGCUUUGACCAGUUGGAGAUAACAUUAGCUAUAUCCUAGAGGUUGAACAUCAUUCAAAAUCAAGUUCUCCCUCCCAACUUCUUGUGCAACUCUAUCUGCUAUCUGAAGAAUCAAAAGGAGUUCCAUCUUAAGAUGGUUAGAGACCCAAGUUUUCUUUAGCUUCCACUGACAUACCUUGUACCAAAACAGUGACUAGCAUUUCACAUAUUCAUCAAAGAUGGAGGUUAAAGAAGAAAAGACUGUUAUAGCUAAACCGGUCGCUUCAAGGCCUACUUGUUCAACUUUUAGGUCCUUCUCGGAGCUCCUUGUUGGUGCCAUUAAUGCCUCACCCUCUAACUCGUGUCCUGAAACUGCUGUCACUGCCAUUAGACCAAAGACAGUGAGAUUCAAGCCAACUGCAAACCAUGCUCCAAAUAGGGUGUUUUCCUCCCAGGCUGAGGUAUCUGGAGCUGUAGUUCCUUAUUCAUCUGAUGCGAUUGUGAAGUCAGAAACCAAAUCUACUGUAGUAUACAAACCCUUGGCGAAGCUUGUAUCAAAGGCAACUGUUUCUCUCUUAGCAAAUCUGGGGAACUCCACUAUUAGUCAUCAACAAGCGCUAGCUCAGGUUGAGGCCCGUGCUCAGCCUAUAAACCAAGUUAAACCUCAUUUCAGAUCCGACCUUGGUUCAAAUCUUCAUCAAAAUUUUGCUCCAAAAUCACAGAGAGAGAAAACAAUUGAGCCCUCAAAAACAGCUUCAGAGAACCUGGAAGACGAUCAAAAAUCUUUGCCACCCUCAAGUAGUGUGGAUCGACCUUCAUAUGAUGGAUAUAAUUGGAGAAAGUAUGGGCAAAAGCAGGUGAAAGGAAGUGAAUACCCAAGAAGUUACUACAAAUGCACACACCCAAAUUGCCCAGUGAAAAAGAAGGUUGAAAGAUCACUUGAUGGUCAGAUAGCGGAAAUUGUAUACAAAGGUGAGCACAACCAUUCAAAGCCUCAGCCUCCUAAGCGCAACACAUCAGGGGCACAAGGGCAAGGAGUUGUAAGUGAUGGGACUGGUCUAGACACAAACAAUGCAUUAUGGAGUAGCCAACUAUAUGAGAGAAAUGAAGGCUCUGAUGGCCGGAUAGAAUGUCAGAAUGAAGUCGGAUUGUCUGCUCAUUCCACUUACUCAGGCAAAGCUCCAUUAUCCUACGAUCCUGUUGCAGCUGGAGCAUUCAAUACUGGUGUUGCAACUCCUGAUAAUUCUUGUGGUCUUAGUGGUGAUGGUGAAGAAGGAAGCAAGGUAUUGGAGGUAGAGGAUGAUGAACCUAAAAGUAAAAGAAGGAGAAAUGAGAAUCAAUCCAAUGAAGUUGGCAUAUCAGGGGAAGGUGUUCAAGAGCCCCGCAUUGUGGUGCAAAAUUCGACAGAUUCUGAGAUCGUUGGCGAUGGCUUUCGCUGGAGAAAAUAUGGGCAGAAAGUUGUGAAGGGAAAUCCUUAUCCCAGAAGUUACUAUAGAUGCACUAGUCUCAAGUGCAACGUGCGCAAGCAUGUUGAAAGAGCAUCAGACGAUCCACGAGCUUUUAUUACAACAUAUGAGGGAACACAUAACCAUGACAUGCCAAUCAGAAGCACAAAUCCAGUGGCAUCCGAACCAGAUUCACAGGUUGCUACUUCUAAGGACAAACUAUGAUUAAUACUGUGGAACGAAAACAACUACCAACACAAAGAUUGAUGUGGCAAAGUAUGUCAGAUGUAGUUCAAGGGAAAAUGACAUCCCAAACUAAAGUAAUUCCUGACAUGAUGCCGGUUAAUUUCCAAUCUCAUAUUUCGUGUGAAUUUUGUAGCUUCCUCCUAAAUAUAACAUAGUUAGAGUUAUCAGGUGGGUUAUUUUACUUCCAUAUUACCUCUUGCUGCUUAUUGUUUAGCUUGUGAGUACAUUAUUAAUUAUUUCUGAGUCAUAUAUAAUAUAACUAGAGUUGCCUUGAA